AAAGAAAAAAAAGUAAAAAGGUAGAUUCCAAAACCCCUUGUUGGAUAAACCCUCGUCUCUUCCCUCUCACUUCUCACUCGCUCUUCAACUCUCAUCGAUUUUCUUCUCUUCUGUGAAUCGAUUUCUCGAGAAAAAUGAACUUGGGAAACUCCAAUAACCAGAAAACUUCCUCACCACCGACACACAAUCCGCCCCAACUCAGCCCCCAACAGGCCUUCACCAACCUCCAAAACCAUUGCUCCGGUUUCCUCCACCACCUCUCCCACCUUCCCCUCUUCAACCCGAACCCUUCUUCCCUCCAAACCCACCUCCAAUCCACCUUCUCCAACCUCCAGAAUCAAGCAAAACAUGCAUUCGAUUCCAGGUUUUCGAGCUUCAAUCCGGUGCAUUCUUCUGGCAAGAACCCAGUUUGGGGUCGAAUUGCGGUGAGUAACAAAACCCAGGUCGCCAAUUCCCCUGGUGGCGGGUCUAAAGCCGCCAUGUCCACCGAGGACAUCGAAGAGCGGCUUGCCGGCGUGCCGGUUUAUGCUCUCAGUAAUGCCUCGGAGGAAUUCGUGUUGGUUUCUGGUGCUUCCACUGGGAAGUCUCUGGGAUUGUUUUGUUUCAAGAAAGAGGAUGCGGAUGCACUUCUUGAGCAUAUUAGGAUUAUGGACCCCGGAAUGCGAAGCGGGUCGAAAGUGGUGGCUGUGGCUUUAAAUAAGGUUUUUCAGCUCAAGGUCGAUGGAGUAGCCUUCAGGUUGAUUCCUGAGUAUUCUCAAGUCAAGAAUGCGCUUAAGGAGAGAGAAAAGGUUGGAACUUCUGAUGAUGAUGGCUUUCCUGGUGUACCAGUUUUCCAGUCAAGGAGCUUGGUUCUGAAAAGCCAAAGCAAGAGCUAUCGUCCAGUAUUUUUCAGGAAGGAGGAUUUGGAAAAUUCACUAUCAAGAGCUUCUCGUGACCAGAAUCAAUUAAAUCCUGCCUUCAGACCAGGGGAUGUUCAGGUUGCUGUUCUUGAGGAAGUCAUAAAGGGGAUGAAGGAGGGUUCUACAUCAACGUGGGAUGACGUCGUCUUCAUCCCUCCUGGAUUUGACAUCUCUACUGAUCCCAACAAGCAAUAGGCAUACUGCAAGGAGCUCGCAUUACGUGGCACCUUUGGCAAGAACAUUAGUCUAAUACAAAAUUACUUAUGAAGAGUUUAAUCUAGUAGGGUUUAGAUUUUGUGCUUGUAGUUAUGUACCCAUCUGUAAUUCACUGGGCUUACGCAUAUCGGGAAGUAGAAUCUUCGUUCUUUUCGUCGUUUCUCA